AUGCCCCAAGCCAGCAGUUCUCCACUCACGCUGGCAUCCAGUGAGGUAUGCCACACACUGGUGCCAAUGGAACAGACCUGGGCAGCCAUGUUGGCCAGGCUAGGACUGGGGCUGCUGCUUCUGGCACUGCUCCUGCCCACCCAGAUUUAUUCAAAUCAAACAACUGUUGUAACACUUUCAAGUAACUCCUCCCAGAAUAUCUGGACUGCCCCAAAUCCAGCUAAUACCACUACCAUAGCAACUGGUGGUACUCUUCAGUCAACAGCUAGUCUCUUUGUGAUCUCAUUCACCCUUCUAUAUCUCUACUUUUAA